GACGUCACGCGCGGCGUCAUUCCAGAAGAUUCGGCCGGGGCUCCUAUAAAGCCUGCGGAAGAGGCGGGGUCGCUGGGAUUGCUGAGCGGGUGGUGGCUGUGGCGGUGUUUUGUGCAGCGCAGUAACUGCAGCGGCACCCACCAUGGUGAAGGAGACGGAGUACUACGACAUCCUCCAGGUGAAGCCCAAUGCCUCCUCCGAGGAGAUCAAGCGCGCCUACCGCAAGCUGGCGCUGAAGUACCACCCCGACAAGAACCCCAGCGAGGGCGAGCGGUUUAAACUUAUAUCCCAGGCAUAUGAAGUUCUGUCGGACCCAAAGAAAAGGGACCUCUAUGACCAGGGUGGGGAGCAGGCUAUUAAAGAAGGAGGCCUGAGUGGCGGCAGCUUCUCUUCACCCAUGGACAUCUUUGACAUGUUCUUUGGUGGUGGAGGCCGAAUGAAUAGAGAGAGAAGAGGCAAAAAUGUGGUGCACCAGUUAGGUGUAUCUCUUGAAGACCUAUAUAAUGGCAUUACAAGGAAACUGGCACUGCAAAAGAAUGUUAUUUGUGCGAAGUGUGAAGGUUAUGGCGGGAAGAGAGGGGCAGUAGAAAAAUGUCCUGUCUGUAAAGGAAGAGGGAUGCAAGUUAUAGUUCAGCAGAUUGGACCUGGCAUGGUGCAGCAAAUCCAAACUGUGUGCCCAGAAUGCAAAGGCCAAGGUGAAAGAAUAAAUCCGAAAGACAGAUGUGACAACUGCAAUGGCUGUAAGGUUGUAAGAGAGAAAAAGAUAAUAGAAGUUCAUGUUGAUAAAGGUAUGAAAGAUGGUCAGAAGAUAGUAUUUCAUGGAGAAGGUGACCAGGAGCCUGAUUUGGAGCCUGGUGAUGUUAUAAUUGUGCUUGAUCAAAAGGAUCACAGUGUCUUUCAGAGACGAGGGCAUGACUUAAUCACAAAAAUGAGAAUUCAACUCUCAGAGGCUUUAUGUGGUUUCAGAAAGACAAUUGAAACUCUGGACAACAGAGUUCUUGUCAUAUCUACUAGGCCAGGUGAAGUGAUAAAACAUGGUGACCUCAAGUGUAUCUACAAUGAAGGGAUGCCUGUCUACAAAUCUCCAAUGGACAAAGGCAGCCUAAUCAUACAAUUUUUGGUCCAGUUUCCAGAGCACUACUGGCUCCCAAGGGAGAAACUGUCUCUGCUGGAGGCUCUGCUUCCUUCACGAGAAGAUGUUAUGGUUACAGAUGAGAUGGAUCAGGUAGACCUUGAAGAUUUUGAUCCAAAUGAGCAAACCUACCGUAACAGUGCAGGAGAAGCAUAUGAAGAAGAUGAGGAGGGUCCAAGAACAGGAGUACAAUGUCAGGCAUCUUAAAGCAAGGUGGAGCGGAUGUCAUCUAAGAUGUAAAUUUUCACAAUGAAAACUGCAUGGCUGUAAUAGCCACUGCUUGUGGUUUUUGUGUUCAGCAAAUUGAGUUGCUGCGCUGUCAGUAUCACCUUUUUGUAACUAAUUUAUAUCGUGUUCUUGUAGUCUUUCUAUAUGAAGCAAAUGUCAUACAGCUGAGAACCAAGUUGGUAUGCAUUCUCCUUGCUGUGAAGGUUCUCAAUUUAUUCACCUGUGCUAUUUCUAUAAGACUUUGGCAAUAUCAAUAGAGGCUAAGUGGAGUGUCUUAUGUAAAUACUUUCAUACUGGAAAAUUAAUUUCAUAGAAUAAAACAUAGCAGAAUAACUUCUAAUAAAUAGUACUUCACAUUUUCUUGUGCUUCUCUUGUACUUUCUAAGCCAUUCUGGAGCCCCCUUUAUUUAAACAAGUUCUUCUAAGCUCAGACUCCUGUCAUCUAGUUUAGAUUAUUUGUGUUAGCUGCACCACUCAAAUGUCUCAUUUUGUAUUUCAGAAGCAUAUUGUGCAUGCCCUCCUCUCUGCCUCAUGGCCCUCUUCCUCUGUUUUGUGGGUUUACAGUAGCAUUCCUUCAGCUGCUUCUCUGUGUAUGACCUAAGGUUACAUGCUGUCCUCUAAUGUGUUACAUACAAGCAAAUACUUGCAAAUAAAAGUUUGACUUUUCAGAA